GCUACUUUCCUGCUCAAUUUGUCUGAAAAAAAGCAAUGAUGGAUGACUAUCAGGAGUUUGAUCGAUAUUGGGAGAGAGACGACUUUUUUAGUUUUGGCUCCCUCCCAAAGUGUCAGUGCCAUUAUGACUAUGAGGAUUUUAUCAUGCAUGAGAUCGGAGAAAUUCUGCUUCCACCAUCUCCAAACUGGUUCCUCAGUGAUGCUAUUGACAGUCGGGAUGAAGAUAAUCUGUUGGUUGCUGCAUCUUUUAAGGCUAUUGUAGUGUAUGAGGUAACUGGGGAAAAGAGACUACCAAGAGUGCUCAAGGUAAUACCUCACAGCAGUGAAAGAGUUUUGUCUGUUCGAUUACAUCGCAAAGUGUCCGAGCCAGAUUAUGGACACACAGUUGCAAGCACUAGUGAUACGUCGGUUGUUAGAUUAUAUAAUUUACACACUGGUGAUGUUAUUGCACAGCAUCAGGAACACCAGGGUCUUAAUGUUAAUGGCAUUUGCUGGGGCAGCAUUGGAGGAGAAGAAGUCGUAGUGACAGUGAGCAGUGGUGGGCGUAUGGUAGUGUGGCAGGCAAGACACGGUGCAACACGUAUCCAUACUAUUCGUGAGUUUUCUGAACUCACCUUGGUGGAGAUUAAUCCGAAGAAUCCUUCACAGGCUCUUGUUGCUGCUGAAAAGGAUAUUGCACUUGUCUCUCUAAAAGAUGGAGGAGUUCUUACGCACCUGCACGGCCAUGAUUAUGGAGUGUACUGCAUAAGAUGGUACCUUGGUGACGGUAACCCAUUCUCACAGGAUUCUGGACCUAUCAAUCACAGGGCAGAAGCUCUAAAGGAUAGCUAUGCCAAAGUCAAUGGUGAAAGUGGGAAAAAUAAGGAUAAAAAUUCAGAGAAUGGUAAACAGCAGAACAACAAAGCCGUGGGAACUUUUGAGGGCCCAUUCUUUGUAUCUUCUGAUUAUGGCCGCAACUUCUUACUGUGGGAUCUGUCGGCCAAAAGAUACAUAACCAAAGCUAAUGUUCCCCUCUCGGCAUCUGGCUUUAAAAAACAGACAUCAAGUAAGGACAAGAUCACUGGAAAGCAACACAUUGCUUUGGCAUGGCAUAAUGGAAGCCUCAUAUCUUCAUCUGUUAGAGGAGAGCUUCUUCAGUGGACACUGCAACCUGGAGGCGCCAAGUUCAAAGUAUUACACCAUCUUCACAACCGAGUCCUCUACAAUGUGAUGGUGAUGGGGGACGUAGUUGUGACCAGUGGACAAGAUCGGUUCCUCCAUGGCUUUCAUAUUGGGAACUCUUCUCACAUGUUUCAAUUGACUACGCUUGGUGCUAGUGCUACCACCUUUUCUUUCUGCCCACACGAUGCCAACAGACUAGCUCUUGGAUCUCUGGAGAACAAUAUAAGACUUCUGAAUUUUGGUCAUGAGGUACCCUUACACACACAGAUUGUUUGGCAGAACAUCAAAGGAAAGAUUCUGUCUCUUUCAUGGCACCCAUCACAUGAGGGUAGAUUACUAUUUGGCACUGGAUCAGGCCAGGUAGGAUAUGUGGAUGUAUCCAGUGGACGUGUAUCCUCAUUUGCUUACUACCAUCAAAAGGCUGUGUACAAGGUUGAGUGGGGACCACCAGUCUGUUCUCAGCAAACAGGACUGACAGAUGAUUGGUGUGCAUAUUCAUUUGGAGAUAGAGAGAUUGUUAUUCGCACUUCAUCUGACCCCAUGGCAGACCCAGUUCACCUGCUCAAGUUGAUCCCAGAGUCAGAUUCUGGGAAGAUUCCCAAGGAUAUUACAGAGUUCUCCUUCAGCCCAGACUACAAGUAUUUGGCAAUAGGAUCGCAAGAUGGACAGGUGCGAAUUUAUCAGAGCUGUGACCUGAAGUUGAUGGUGACACUAGUUGUGGUGAGAAAGGCUGUUCAGCAUCUUCUUUGGCAACCUGCUACAGACUCUGGCAUUCCAUAUAUUUUGGCUGUUGGCUCAAGUGAAAAUAAAAUACAAAUUUUUCACUUAGAAAAGCGUCUUAAAGGAGAGGAAGUUGGCAGCAUUGUAACACAAGCAAGUCAAGAGCUGUGUGGUCAUGAGGCACGAGUGGUGUGGUUGGCGUGGUCGCCACACAAGGAUGGGCUCCUGGCCUCCGCUUCCUAUGAUCACACUGUUCAGUUAUGGGAUACAAAAACAGGAGAACCAGUGGUCAACUAUGGCGGACAUUCAACAAGGGUUUUCCGUGUUGAGUUUAGCCCAUCUGAUCCUGACCUGCUGUACAGUUUUGCGGAGGAAAACAAUGUACAUAGCUGGCGUCCAUCAAAGUUGAAUUGCAAAACAUCUAGUGACAGUAGUGCAACACUGAAAGAGUUUCGGCCUAAAAGAAUAAAAGAGAAAGAACAAGAAACAAUUUUACAAAAGGAAGCUGAAAAGACAAAGGAUACACCUGCUCCAGCUCCUUCAAGUGAAAAAAAGACAGGAGCCACCAGCAGUAACAAUGUGUCGAAUACUGCUACAAAUAAUGCUACUGGAAGCAAUAAGAAAACUCCAUCCAAGUCCUUCUUCCCAAAACUUCACGUGGUGAGCUCGCGUAAGAAGAGUUUUCACCAGUUGGCCAUCCUUUGUCUUCUUAAUCGGACCAAAGCAGGCGGCACUGAAGACGUGACUAAUGGAAAAGAUGACGAAAUAGAAGAGGAGGAAGAUUUGGAGGAAGAUUUAGAAGAAAGUGUUACUAAGGAUGGAGUUGUGGAUGAUCUUGCCAACAUAGUGGAAACAUCUGAAAAGUAUCGAUGCCUGUUAGAAAAGGACACAGAAAUGGCCGAUCCAAGUGAUUUCAUCUAUGCACUCAACAUGUAUGGAAAACCGCAACAGUUGGAUUCACUUUUGGCUGCUGAAAUUCAACAUCAUGAAGCGAGGGGAAAUGUAGGACAGACUGGUUUUAUGCACUGCUGGAGAGGGUCACUGGAUGAACACAUUCGUUCUGCUGCCAGACACAAGAAGCUCACCCCUUUCUUGGUGGCAUCUGCACCACAAGUUUCUAUAAAAUUGUGGGAGUUGGCGUGUGAAGCUUAUGCAGAGCAGUUAUUGGAUGAAGGGGAUGUUAUCACUGCUGCAUCUUAUCUUGUAAACAUAAAUAAGGUCAAAGAAGCUGUUUCCAUGCUACUAAAGCAUCGGCACUAUCGAGAAGCACUAGCCAUAACCAAGUGUCGUCUGAGUUAUGACGAAGAGAUGUUGGAGAAAGUUACAUGUGCUUGGGCUGCUUCUGCUAUCUAUGAAGGAAAUUUUGAUAUUGCUUCUAUCCUACAUUUGAGCAUUGGUCAUGUGGAAGAGGCUGCACGCUGUAUGUCCAGGAGAAGUGAUCCAGGGUCAUUGUUUGUUUCAUCUAAGAUAUAUGAGCAUGUAGGAAAUGCUGAUUUGGCCAACUCGGUUGGCUUGUUAGCCCUCAAAGAAGCGUGUCUUAAACAUGAGCAUCAUAAGAUCGAGCCCUUCCUCGCUCAUUUGCCUAACCUUAAUUGGUUCAAGACAGUCUCUUGCUGCCAAAGUGUUAUCUUGGACUUACUACAAGAAGUUGGUACACAGAAAGGAGGUCACAUUAAUUACCUUAUGAGAAGUAGAAAGGAACAGACUAAUAAAGCCAGUCAAGAGACCCUGAUUGAAGGGAACUUAGUGAAUGGAAAUGCUGAUGCUGAGGAGAAAAAUGGUAUUUGUGCUAAUGGAAAUGGUGAGGUAGUAACAGAGAACGAGUGUUGUGUAUCUGAAGAGUGGGUUCCUCUACUAGAGCGAAUUGAAGAGGCAUGGUUAGCACAAGGCAUUACUCAAGAUCAAUAUCCCCAGCUCUACGAGGCAGUCACCCUCAACUUCUCCACUCAGCAGAUGCCCACUUCAGUCAAACAGCUGUGGUUCCUAGUGGCAGUGGCAUUGAGUGAAUGUCUGUUAAGCUCAUGCCAGGAGACAUGGGACCAACAUCUCACUAGUGCCUUGAGCUAUGUUGUAUCCUGGGGCAAACCUGACCACAUCCUUCACCUCACACAUGCAUUACUUCCAAAAGGAGUAAAUGACCUAACAACACUAGGAACGGCAGUGAUAGAGCAAGAGGAUAAAAAUAAUUCGUCAAGUGUUAAUCAUUUACGUCAUCUGUACUACGCUGCAGAAAUAUCUUUGUUACACUCGUACCUUAAAACAGACGAGUCUUGGUCAAAACUUCAUGAUUAUUCUUCAGAAAUACAAAAUCAGAUACAUGAAACUGAAAAGUUGAAAUCAGUAACUGAAAAUGAAUCUGUGUCUUCUGAUGGUCAGGUCACUGUAGAGUCCAAGUUGGCAAGUUUGACAUUAUCAGCAAAUGAUUCAGAGAGCAGUGAUUCAAAGCAAGUGGAGAAAGUUGAGCAUGAUAGAAUAUAUUGCCUUCCCCAGUCCAGUGAUGAAUUGAUUGCCAUUUUGAAUUUUUAUAUUGAUGGCAUGAGUCCAGAGUACAUGAUUGCCCCAGAAAUAAUGGGACUCAGCUCUGGGCUAGCAAGCCCUGAUAAACUACUACUAGAAAUCAUUUUGAAGCUUAAGGAGAAAGGUAACGUCAAAGAACAAGAAAUAAGAAACCUUCUGUGUAAAGUUCCUGCUAAUAGAACCAGAUCUUAGUCAAUUGUUAAUAUGCAUUUUGUCUUGAUUUGUGUUAGUGAUUAUUGGGCAUUAAGCAAAAUAAACACUUACAAUGUCACAUACACAAGUUUUAACAUGUUAAUGUUACAACCCAAAAGUAUUUUGGGGCAUUGAACACCCAGGCACGACCAGUACUGAUAAAAUUAUCUACUCGUAACUGUUUGUGAUUACAAAACCAAAGUUUGACACAUUUGUGAGACAUGAAUGUGUAAUAUUAAUUUCUUGAACAUUAAAACAAGUUAAGUUUAGAAUUCUAAGAAUUGUGCAGAUUUUUGUUUUGUACUAAUGUAAAUGAAAAGUUUUAGUUCCCAGAAGAGGUCAUUUUGCAUUGUUUUCAAUAGUAGGAAAAUAUUUCUUAGAUUAAUGCUUUAAACUACUCAAUCUCACUUUUUAUAAAUUUAUGGUGUAAUGUGUCAAAUCUAUAAUCUGGUUUAUAGAUUUGACUGUAGCAGGACUGGAGAGAUAAGUUGGUUAUGCAAACUUGUUGGCAGCCAGUGUUAAGGAUAUUAAGAACAUUUUGGGGAAGUGUUAAAUGAUGCAUGUAUUCAGAAAUAGACAUUAUUGUACCACUUGAUGUACUGUAGUUACAAAUAUCUGCCUAAAACAGUACAGUUAUUUGAUAAUUGAAUUCUAUCUUUUUCAGUAAUAUUUAGAAUCCUCAGUCAUUUGAAAAUACCAUUUUGUUAUAAUCAAAUUUUUUAUAUUUACUGUACAGUAUUUCUUUAUUUUGGGCACAUUGUUUUAUUCUUGAUAUUGAACAGAAACACCUUCACACCUGCAUCUUAUCCUCUUAACUUCUUGUUAUUGGUUUCUAUAAAUCACAUUUACACGCAUUGUUAAUUAUUAGUUGCUAAUUUGUUUCCUUACAUUUUAAAGUUUUUACUUCCCAUUUUCCUUUAACCUUUUGGCUGCGACCAAGGGUGGAUAGCUCUGCAGGCAACAUAAACUUGAGCUUAAGGUCUUGGGGUGUUAUUAAAAUUAGGUGUAAAUAAAAUGCAAGCUCAAAAGAUGAUCAUUGUAUUUUCUGACAAAAGAGAAGUAGAAAUGAUCACAAGAAACAAUAUAGUAUUUAAAAAUUAAAAUGGCAGUCAUGAAUAAUAUCCCAACAGUAUAGUUUGUGCAAAUGCUUCAACUUCAUAUACAUCAAGAAAAGUACUGUAGUUCAAUUUGUCAUCUUUCAUUCUUGACCUCAGGGUGCUCAUGAUUUAUUUUAGAGCAGAAAAAUUAUCUCUUCCCCACUGCAGUUGAAUGCCAUAAAGUAAAGAAAUGUAUACAGUGUGUGGAAGAACCAAAGAGAGGUUAUUUGACACAAUUUACCUUCAAUAUCAGCCAAAGUUAAUUUGUUUCAUAAACUGUCUGAUUUUAUGAAUGAUUUCAUGAAUGAUAUUUCCAUCAUCAGAGUUUAUGAAACUGAAUGUAACUGCAGCUGAUAUUGAAAUUGAAUGUUAUGAGCUGCACUGCAUAUAUCUAAGCAAAUUGUUGUCUUUAAGCAAUAGUCUUAGUGAGGAUGGUCUUUUUAUUUAGCAAGGUUGGAAAUUAGUAUGAUUUCCUGUUUCAUGCAAAGACGGUGGGGGUGGCAUGGGGCUCAACCCUUGACCUGUCUAUGACUAUCCCCUGGACAAAGACCAGUUAAAUUGCAAAGUUUGAUGAGGAUAGUCCUUAGUGUUUGGCCUCCCAACUUUGAAAAAACAGACACUCGGUCAGAUGGUGUGUGUAUUAUCCUAUACAUGGGUUUAUGUACCUCUAACCUUUCCACUGAAUGGGUGUAGGGUGCGUGCUAAAUGAACAAAAUAGUCAUUAAUGAAUGUUACAAUAUACAAAACAUAUAGUGUCUUAAUUAUGUAAACUAAAAUUGAUAAAUAGGUGUGAGGAUUUGAACAAGGCAUAGUUGAACAUUUUAGUGCUACUGCUUUGGGUGACAUUUCAGUUUGUUGCCAACAGAUGGCAGCAGUUACUGUGUCCAGGCACCUAUUUUGAAGGCGAGGCAACAACAUUACAACACUUGAAAACAUUUUUCGAAGGCAACUGAUAGUUUGCAUAUUGCAGUAUAGGCCUAUUUUUUAUUUGAUUACCAUUGCAUUGCAUAGCCAAAGGGUUAAUGUCAAAUCCUCCCAUAUAGUGUAUCUACCAGUGCUUAUUGCAUACAAACCCAAAUGUUCUUUAUAUUAAUAUCUAAUGCUUUUAUAGAUAAAAGCAUUAAAAGAUAUAGAUGCUUUUAUUUUAUAACCAAAACCAUUUCAUUUCCCAUUAAGCUUUUCUAUGUAACUUGCCCUUGAUUUUUUUCUCGUUCAUAUUUUUCAAAUACCUAUAAGCUUUAGUGUGAUAAGCCAUCAUUCUUAGCUAGCAAUAACCCAUUUCGGACAUGCCAAAUGCUGACUUUGGCAGCCAACAGCAUUAGCUCUUUAUUUUUUUUUCCCCCCAAUCAUUAAUUUAUUGCUGACCUGUCUGUCACAAAUAUUGAGAAGAUUGUAAGAAAAUACAGCUUAAAUAUGAGUGGUUUGUAUAAUGGUGCGGCAGGUUUUCAGAUCAAAAUCAAAUUACAUUAACAGGGAAAACGGAUACCCUUGUGGCAGCCACUUGAUAUUAUUCUGUAAUAACCGUCACGAAUAAGUCUUGCCGAGAAGCGAUCUAAAUCGUGUCAGUCGUGCGACCAUUCCACAAGCUGUAUUAAAGGUGAGUUUGAAUCUUCUGGCGAGAAUAAAAUACUGUAACUACAUUAUGUACAAUGUUUCCAAAAAACUGCAUUUGUGUUUGUAUAUUGUUACAAUUUUCUAUAUGUUGGCUACAAUUAUAUAUAUUAGCUGCAUUUAUCAUUUAUUUUUUAAACUUGUUUCUUGAUAUAAUUUUUUCUAUCAAUUUUAUUUUCAUUUACAUGGUACAGUAUAUGUAGUUCAUACUUAUUUCUGUAAGUUCAUGUUGAAAACAAUUGUGUGUGUGUAAAAUGCCUGACAUUUCUGAAUAAAAAUCAAUCUCACUAAUGAACAAA